AUGCACGAUUUGCGCAAGCAGGUGCUCCUAGAGAGCGGCAAGACGCUGUCGAAAAAGGCAAAGGCCAAGCAGGCCAUGGGCUCGGCCGCGAGUUCAAAGCAAAACUCGCCCAACGCCUCGAGAGCUACUUCAAGAGUCGCCAGUCGCCAGGCCUCGGAUGAUGAAGCCGAUUUCAGCGAUUCGACGACACAGUUCAGCGUCAACUCCUUUGACGAGCUCCGCCCUGAAGACAUCGACGCGCCCGAAGACGCCUGGGUCGCCCAGCUUAACGAACGCAUGGAACACCUCAUCGAGCGCAAGAGAAGCAGUGUUCAAGGUCGCGAGGAGUCUCUGUCUGUCCUCUCCCACCUUCUCAUGGCCCACUAUUCCCAGCGCCACGUUCGCCCGAAGCUCAGUGAACUUGUCCCAGCUUUGGUCAAAUGCGCAAAAGGCGGCCAGUCAGACAAUGAAACUGCCCUGGCACUCAAGGCCCUGAGCCUGUUGAUCCUCACCGAACCCUCCGACUCAAUCUACGAUGCCAUGAUCCGUCCGCUCAAGGGCAUAAUAUCCUCUUCCGAGUCGUCCUCGGUCAUGGUCGCUGCUAUCCACACCCUUGGUGUAGCGACCUUCUACGGAGGCGUCGGUCUUGACGAAACACAAGAAAUCAUGGACUUUUACCUCGAGAUAAUCGAGUCCGACGGCCAUUCUGUCGAAGCAGGCGAUGACGGAAACGUUGUGGCCGCUGCUCUGCAGGAAUGGGGCUUUCUAGCAACACAGUUCGAGGCCAUGGAAGACACGAGCGAAGAACCUAUGGAGGCCUUUGUCGAGCAACUCGAGUCCAGUGACUCAAGCGUCGUCAUCGCUGCAGGCGAGAACAUUGCUCUUCUUUUCGAGAAGAGUUGGUCCGAGCUAGAAGAAGAUGAGGAACCUGAACACCAAGGUGGUGAUGACGACGACGACGAGGAAGAGGCAGAUCCUACCGCAAAGGGCAUGAUCAAACGCUAUACCGUCUGGCGCCAGGAACACCAGUUGAAGCACACUCUCAGUGCUCUAGCUCAAGCACACGGCAAACGCAUCUCUCGCAAGGACAAAAAGGAACUGCACUCGAGCUUCGCAGACAUUCUCAACACCGUCGAGCACCCUACAAGGGGACCACGCUACAGCAAUGCCAUCGACCAAUAUACCAACAAGGCAUACGGCUCGCGUAUGGUCGUCCACAUUGGUAAGAACUCCAUGAGCAUUGACAAGUGGUGGAAACUCCAUCGUCUGCAGUCACUACGCCGCGCACUCCAAGGCGGCUUCAUUGUUCAUUACGAGGACAACCAGGUCGUCUUCGACUCUUUACCCGUCAUGCUGAAUUAG